AUGGGCGACGUUCGAGUCGUGUCUCGGCGCAUGGUACGGCCUUAACCGAUGGCCUCCCACCUGACGCCGUGGGAUCUCCGGAGCAUCGCCGUGGAGUACAUCCAGAAGGGCAUCCUCCUGCCCAAGCCUCCCGCCACCGGCAGACAGGGACGCCACGACGUCGACGUCGAGCGUCUCGCUUCUUCCUUCGCGCGCGCCCUGGGCCGCUUCUACCCCUAUGCCGGGCGCCUCGCUGUAGCGCCGGCUAGAGAGGACAGGGCGUCGCCUGAGAGCCUCGCCAUUUCGCUCCGCUGCAGCGGCGAGGGCACCGAGUUCGUCCACGCCGUGGCGCCCGGCGUCGCCGUCGCGGAUGUCACCGCCUCGCUGCUUAUUCCGCGGGUGGUCUGGUCCUUCUUCCCGCUCAACGGGCUGCUCGGCGCGGACGCCAUUGCCGAAUCGCGCCCGGUCCUCGCCGCGCAGGUCACCGAGCUCGCCGACGGCGUCUUCAUCGCCAUGUGGAUGAACCACAGCGUCGCCGACGGGACGACCUUCUGGCAGUUCUUCAACACCUGGUCCGAGCUAACCCGCCUCGGCUUGAGUGACGGGGACGCCGCCGCUGGCAACGAUGCUAUGAUGUCCACGCCGUUGCCCGUGUUCGACAAUUGGUUCCUCGAGGGCUGCACCAUCCCCAUCCCUCUACCCUUCGGCAAGCUGAAGGACGUCGUCGGCAGGGCCGGUCCUGAGAUUUCAGGGGCCCUGGGCGAAAUUAUAAUUGGAAGGCCGGCCCUGGUCGUCGGCCAACGUUUAGAUCUGUUCCCGCCGGUGCAGAAAUGCUUCCUCCAUUUUUCCACGGCGACCUUGAAGAAGCUCAAAGCAAAGGCGAAAGCCGAGAUCUCCGGCACCACCACCACCACCACCAUCUCCUCGCUGCAGGUCCUGCUCGCGCACCUGUGGCGCGCCGUGUGCCGCGCCCGGUGGCUCGCGUCGGAGCAGGAGACGGCGUACAUCGUCUACGUCGGAUGUCGGGGCCGCGUUGGCGGCAUACCAGCAUCCUACGCGGGCAACGCGCUGGCGCACGUCGCCGCUAAAUCCUCCGCCGGCGAGAUCCUGGGCAACGGCCUGGGCUGGGCGGCAUGGCAGCUGAACCGGGCCGUGGCGUUGUUUGACGAGGCCAGCGCGAGGGACAAGCUCGCGUCAUGGCCCCAGGACCCCAGCUUCGCGCACCUGCCCGAGCUCGUGGCUCUCGCUCCGAAGACGUUGUUGACGGGGAGCUCGCCGCGGUUCGACGUGUACGGGAACGACUUCGGGUGGAGCGCGCCGCUGGCCGUCCGGAGCGGCGCGGGGAACAAGGUGGACGGGAAGGCGACGGUGUACGAGGGGCGAGGCCGCGGAGGGAGCAUGGCGCUGGAGGUGUGCCUCGCUCCGGAGGCGCUCACCAGGCUCGUCGCCGACGAGGAGUUCAUGGCCUCAGUGGGUGUAACCAGUACCGACGAUGAAUAAUAAUCAUAAUCGUGUCUC